AUGCAGUUGGCUCUUUACCUCUUAGUGGGAAUUCUCUGGGGAUGCACAAAUGCAUUCAUGAAAAGAGGAUGCUCAAGAAGGGAUGAAGAAAAAGAGAAGGGUCUCCUUCGUGACACAAUUGAUAUACUUAAGAAUUGGUAUGUCGUAAUCCCAUAUUUGUUUAACCAAGCAGGAUCUGCACUUUAUUAUUACCUGUUACGGAAGGCAGACAUAUCUUUGGUAAUGCCUCUGUGUAAUAUCCUCUCCUUUUUUUUCACCUUCCUCACUGAAAUGAUACUUCUUAAGAAGACCUUCUCCUUCAAGUCCGUCCUUGGGUUGUCUUUCGUGAGCGUCGGGCUGUUUCUCUGCCUGGGCGUUUAG